AUGGACGCAUAUCAAGCUCGCUCCAAAAGAGCUAGAUCAGAUUCCUCCUCCUCCUCCUCUUCCUCCGGCUCUUCAUCCUCUCGGGGCGAAUUAACAUCAACGUACCAAACGCCCUCACCUCCUCCACCAAAAUUUCAUAAAGGUUCCUCAUCACCCAAUGAAGCGACUAAACCGUUUCUAUGCGUAUUACCUCCAACAUGUUCUCAGCCGGGUACGUCGACGUCAUACUCUAGUCAAGAAGAGUUGGAUAGACAUCAAAACACGUUCCACAAGUGGAUAUGUCAUGUUCCCAUACGUGAUAGGGAAUUCGCUUCGCCAGAUGAACAGGUGCCAGAAGGGUUUAUAGGUGGAAGGAUGAAUAAAGGGAAAAGGAUGAAGGAGUGUUUAAAAGUUUUCCCCGAUGAGAGAUUAUUGGAACUCCAUCAUACGGAAGUGCAUGAUCCCAUAACUAGACAAGAGAAGGAGAAUGGACAAAGAAUCUUUGAAUGUUUCCUUGACCCCAGUCAGUGCGGUAGGAAGUUCAAAGAUCCGAAAAAGAGGAGAAGACACAUGGUAGAUAAGCAUCACUACCCUUCAAAUUAUUUCUUCGGUAUAACCAAUCAUGGUAUUAACGCAAUCGUCCAUGAGGAUGGUCUAGCAAUGAGUCUCAUUCGACCUCGACGUGAUCCACAGCCACAUAAAGAUACAGUCACAUCACAGAAUCAUCCGAAUGGUCACAGCGCGUCUACCUCGAUCGAUAAUGACCACGACUCUAUAGCACGGAAUGGCAAAGCCCAAAUCAAAACACAAGAUGUUGACAUCGACGAUCUAACUUCGGUCAUGGAAAGUAGCUUGACGUUCAUCCCUAGAGGCGUUAAGAAAGCCGCUAAAGCUAAAGAGAAAGUGAUGGAGGUAGAACCGGGCGUUUGA